AUUUUCAUUUCCGGGUUACGUCACAGUCCGCGGUGACAUUGUACCGAGUAGUACAUACGACGGUUGUCUUUGAGUUCUCUUAAAAACAUUUCUUACUAUUUCACAUGCGUUGAAGGCUACGAGGUGUUGUUAUUUUGUCAAUAUGUCAUCCACUACUGCGGGUUUUAAUGAGGAGCGGCGGCAUCAAGGAGCACAGACGCGUCUAGGCACAGACUACAUCCCCACCGAAGAGGAGAAGAGAGUGUUCAGGGAGUGCAACAAUGAAAGUUUUUGGUAUAGGUCGGUACCAUUCUCUGUGGUGAGCAUGGCCAUCACUCAAGCCCUGGUUGCCAGAGGGUCUCUCUCUGCAUCUCCAAGGUUUGGAUCGCUUCCAAAAGUGGCCUUUGCUGGCUUCUGUGGCUACUUGGCAGGUAAGAUGUCGUACAUGAAGACGUGUCAGGAGAAGUUCAAGAGGUUGGACAGCUCUCCUCUGGGGGAGGCCCUGAGACAGAGAACGGGACUGCCUCCACAGAUCCAAGGUGCUCAGUCCGAGAUGAAUGAUCCCAACGGUCAGAGCUUUGACACCAAUUUCCACCCAGCAGAGACGCAAUCUUCCACCGCCGAACAUGAAUAUGGAUUUAGUCCAGAAUCGCCUGUUCUCAUGCGAAGAGCAGACGACUUUAAUCUUUCAGCUGCAGCUGAGGAAAACAACGGACCCAAGAGCAAGUCCAUCCUCUAUGAGAACUUGCGGCUAAAAAAUCGAGAGAACUACGAGGUCACACUCACCCAGAAGGCUGACUCGCAGCUCAAAACUCCCCCUGUAAAGGAGCCACAAAGACCAACAGAAAGCGCAAAGAAAAACAUCUAUGGAGACACCUGGGACGAAUGAGUAGUUUUGUGUAAAAAUGUACUUCAAUGAUCAUGUGACACAAAAUGACAUCUUUGCUAAAGUAUCAAAUAAACCAAAGUGCUUGAA